ACGACCUCCAUCAGCCCCUCGUACCGCAGCUCUUCGAAUUUCGUCUCGCUCCUCGCUAGCCCUUGCACAACCACCCGAAGCACCAUGUCAAGACGACCAGCAAUCGUCGAGGAGUUCGACGACGACACCGACCUCCCGCUGCCGAACAAGCCCCUGCCUAACACAGGCAUGCGCGGCGCGCUCCUGGAGGAGAUCGGCGCAAGCGACUCCGAAGACGAGGAGAGCGAUUCGAUGAACUUGAGACAGCCCGCAGCAGGACCUGCGUCGCCCUCGCUGGCGCAGUUCAGGCCGAGUGGGGGCCCGGAUGCGUCGAACACGAUCACGGACAUCACCCCGUACAAGAGGUGGACAUGCAUCUACCCGAUCUACAUCGACGCCAAGCGGCCGUGCGGCCGCGGCGAGCGGCGCAUCCCGCGUGCGAAGAGCGUGUGGUGGCCGCUCAGCAAGGACAUCGCGGACGCGACGAACCGGCUCGGGCUGGGCACGCUGCACGAGGUGAACAAGGCGCACCCGCGCGACUGGGAGAACCCGGGGCGCGUGCGCGUGCAGUGGAAGAAGGACGGCCGGUUCGUGAACCCCGCGAUCAAGACCAAGAAGCAGCUCCUGGAGAUGAUCGCCAUGCAGAUCCAGAUGCUCAAGCCGGAUAACGUCCCCAAGCCGCCGUACAACACGGAUCCGCCUGUCCAAGCUGCGGAGACCGCUGCGCCUGCGCCGUCGACGCCAUCGAAGGGCAAGCAACCCGCGCAGUCGAGCUCGAAGCUGACAUCGGGGACAGGCUCCGUGUCGAACACCACCAUCUCGCCCUCUCCUGGGACAACACGUCGACCGAAGGUCCCCACUCCACCCCAGCCAUUGCCCACUCUUACGAGCCGGGUGUCGCCCUACUCGCCCGCGCUGCCGUCAGGGGUGCUAAUCGACGCAGUUAAGGCCGGCAUGAGCGCUCAAGAAGCUACGCCAGGUCUUCCAGCCGGCGGGGGCAAGGGCAAGCGGAAGGUCGUGCGGGUGCGCGCCUGAUGAGCCAGGAGGCAGGCGGGAGGGUAUCUACAGGAAGGGUGCGCGUAUGUUACCGGUUGUAGGAUAACACGGCGAAUGUAAUCUCGUUCUUGAC